CACACAUACACUCUAUCUCUCUCUCAUCACACAUUGGGAGCGAGAGAGCGGCCAUUUUCACAGUUCUGUUUAGUUCUGUUCGCGAAGCAACACUGGGCGGUAGUGUUUGUUUUGGCGCGCGAAGGAAACGUUUAUGUGACGAUGUGAUUGUGUGAUUAGUAAUACUGAAAAUUUAAUGCUCAGGUGGAAUGCUUUGUUAUGCAACGAUAGUGAUGUUAAAGUUCUGAAAAUGCGAGAAAUAAAUUGAUGUUUGUGGAAGUGGCGUUUUGAUUGUUUGUGAAAAUGGGCUGCUGGUGGUGGAUGCUGUGCAGCUGGGCCGCGCUGGUGUCCGCGUCCCAGCACGGCGGCAUGGCAUCUCGCAUGUCGGACCGCGACAGUCUCCCACACCACGGCCGCUGCGAGCCGAUAACCAUACCGUUCUGCAUGGACAUCCAGUACAACGAGACCAUUUUCCCCAACCUGCUGAACCACCAGAAGCAGGAUGAAGCAGGUCUGCAGGUGCACCAGUUCUUCCCCCUGGUGAAGGUGAAGUGCAGCCCGGACCUGCAGUUCUUCCUGUGUUCCAUCUACGCGCCCGUGUGCACGAUCCUGGACCGACCGCUUCCCCCGUGCAGGUCGCUGUGCCUGUCGUCGCGGCUGGGCUGCGAGGCGCUCAUGAACAAGUUCGGUUUCCCGUGGCCGGACGAUCUGGACUGCGACAAGUUCCCCGAGACGGGCCAGGACCUGUGCGUGGGCGAGAACAAGACGAGCGCUUCCGCCGGGCCGGACGGCGCCGGCCCCAGGGACUCGGUGUACGGCGGCCUGGACACCGGCUACGGCCCGGCGUACCCGCAGUUCCCCGAGGGCGCUCGCAACUUCGGCUUCGUGUGCCCCGUGUACUUCAAGGUUCCGGCAGACCUGGAGUACUCGCUCAAGGUGGGCCAGAAGACCGAGAAGAACUGCGGCGCGCCCUGCGAAGGCUUGUUCUUCACCAAGGAAGAGAAGCGUUUCGCGCGCGUGUGGGUGGGCGCGUGGUCGGUGCUGUGCGCCGCCUCUUGUCUCUUCACCGUGCUCACCUUCCUGAUCGACACGGACCGCUUCAGGUACCCGGAGCGCCCCAUCAUCUUCCUGUCCGUGUGCUACUUGAUGGUGGCGCUGGUGUACGUGGUGGGCUUCGCCUCCGGGGACUCGAUAGCGUGCAACAAACCGUUCCCGCCUCCUCCGGACCUGCCCAGGAUUCCGAUGGUGCCGACGGUGGUGCAGGGCACCAAGCACAAUUGGUGCACCAUCAUGUUCAUGGUGCUGUACUUCUUCGGCAUGGCGUCGUCCAUCUGGUGGGUGGUGCUGACGCUGACAUGGUUCCUGGCGGCGGGCCUCAAGUGGGGCCACGAGGCCAUCGAGGCCAACUCGCAGUACUUCCACCUGGCGGCCUGGGCCGUGCCUGCCAUCAAGACCAUUACCAUCCUCGCCAUGGGGAAGGUCGAAGGAGACAUCCUGAGCGGAGUGUGCUACGUGGGGCUGUGGGACGUCGACGCCCUGCGCGGCUUCGUGCUGGCGCCCUUGUUCGUGUACCUGGUGCUGGGCACGGUGUUCCUGCUCGCCGGCUUCGUGUCGCUGUUCCGCAUCCGCACCGUCAUGAAGCACGACGGCACCAAGACCGACAAGCUGGAGAAGCUCAUGAUCCGCAUCGGGGUGUUCUCCGUGCUGUACACCGUGCCGGCGCUCAUAGUGCUGGCCUGCCUCUUCUACGAGCAGGCGUCCUUUGACCUGUGGAUGCUCACGUGGAGCGCCGACAACUGCUCGCACCCGGGCCGCCCCAACGUCUACUCCAUCCCGUGUCCCGUGGGCGAGCGGGGCCGCGGCCUGGGCCGCCGCCCCGACUUCGAGGUCUUCAUGAUCAAGUACCUGAUGGCGCUCAUCGUCGGCAUCACGUCCAGCUUCUGGAUCUGCUCGGGCAAGACCAUCGGCAGCUGGCGCAAGUUCGCGCAGCGCCUGCGGGGCCGGCGCGUCGAGGCCUACGUGUAGCGUUAGUGCGGCGUCUCUUGGACAGCGAGGCCACCACGUGUAGCAUUAGUGCGGCGUCCUUUGGACAGCGAGGCCACUUACGUGUGGCGACGCAUUUUUCCCUUUGUACGGAUCGCUGUGCGUCUCUUGAACAGCGAGGCCAAAUGAAACAAAGAAAACAAUCGGCCAUGACGCUCUUUAGGUUGCUCAAGAGAAAGAUUUAAGGUGAUGGGACGCCCCGUUUUAUAGUGGGUUCCGAACCUCGUAAACUGGCUGUUGAGAAUUACUCGUAUAUUUCUGUCCAAACAAGAUGACUUGGAAAAUGUGAAGCCAAAUGCCAUCGUGGUUUGCAAAAAAAAAAAAAAAUCAUCAAUUUUUAUAACAUGGCAUGUUAUUAUUUAUUAAAAUAAAGGUAUUACGAAAAUAACUACUCAUUUUGUGCAGUAAUUUUUUAUGACACUGUAGUAAUGACUAAUUUGAAUUACUUUAAAUACCUUGACCCCUCUCUCACCAAAUGUGCAAUUUGAAAAUUAAUAUGUUAGGUAAUUAUUUUUAAUGUGUUUUUUAUACUCUACAACAGUGCUCAAAGUUUUCAUUCAAUUUUAAAAAUAUUAUAUUAAUUAUUGGGAUUAAGGUAUUAAUUACCUUUUUAUACAAUUUUAACUGUAUAUAUGUACAUAAUGCAUUUUUUAAUACCACUACAUAAAUUAAGUAACUGUAGAGUACAAUUUAAAACGUGUUCAUUUUUUAAAAUUACCUCAUUGCAUGCCUGAAAUACCUCAUUUUAUUAUUUCUUCAUUGAAAUGUGACUAGUUUUAACCAUUUCAAUGGAAAGGUGAUUUGCUGAAUCACUAUACAGCUGCAUUUCUGUUUAAAUCUCUGGAAUUUUAAAUUAUCAGGAAAAUUGCUGUAAUUCUUAACUUAUCUGAUGCUAACUGACAUGUAGAAUACCACACAUUGACAAACAUAUUCGUGCCUAUGGUGUCAGGUUUCCUUUGGUCUUUUUUUUCUUUUUUUUUUUGUAUAAAUACUUUUCUAGGGAACAUAACAGAUAUUUAUUUCUUUGUUUUAAAAUUGGUUUCAAAUCUUCAUGAGCUAUUUUCACUGAACCAGGAUUUUGGUGUGGCUUUGUACUGGGAUGAAGUAAAAAAAAAACAGGUUUUAUUGGAAUUUAAGAUAUUUGUUUGGAUGUUAUUAGAUGUACAUAUGUAAAUAGUAUUUGUACAUAUAAAUAUAUAAAUUUUAAUUCCUUAUGUGUUGGUUAUGUUUGCUUGAAAAUUGAUAUUUUAGGUAAACCAUUAGAAAAUAUUGUACACCUUAUUAAAUGUUUAGGAACACUGUUAGGCUUCUUUUUUUUUUUUGUAGUUAAACUUCACUAGCAUCCAACUUUUUUUUUAUUUUAUCCAUUCUUAUUAUUUCAUGUGUAUAUUUUUAAGUAUGAUAUGUGUGAUAUUCUGAUAUUAAAUAAAUAUCAAACAGAAAGCUGUCUGUGAGUCAAGACUGAGCUAUUGACACCAUUAUUACUUAAUGUUAGUCUCUUUGGUGUGGUUCUUAGCUGGAAUGUUUUUAUGACUUAAAUACGAAAAAAAAAUCUUCUAACUUCAAAAUUUUUAUUUUACGUGUAGUUAUAUACAUUGAUCAUAUAAUGUUAUUCUAUGGUAGAUGCCACUUCAUACAAUAUUAUAAGUUUGAACUUAUCAUAUUUUAUGUAAUUUAUAGCUGUACAGUGAAUACUUUAUCUAUUCUUUUUUUUUAUAAAAUAACCUAUUUAUCUCUAAAUGCCUUCAAGGGGUUAACUGUUAUUUAAUCCUUGGUGAAAAAAUACCCUAUUCAUUUUUAAGUUAUGUUCACAAAUUUUUAACAAGUUUUACUUUGUAUUACUCAGCUUUAAACUUGUGUAAUUUUUGUUUAUAGCUGUGUGUGUAAAAGAAGUUGUUUUCCUUACACAUUUGUAAAGUUAUAUAUAAGUGUACUGUUAUUAAUAAAAUUUGUUUAAACAUUUUGUAUUUAUCGUGUAAAAAAUAUAUAUGUUUAAAUGUUACAAGUGACAGUUUUCAUUAUUGAUAGUUUCCAGAUACUUUACUUAUAAGUUGCUGAGAGCUGCUUAGAUUUUUUAUAAAUCGUUUAGAACUGGUUCGAUUGUUAAAUCAUGAUCAAUAUUUUAAAUAAUCUGCAAAUUAUUUUCUAUAUUAUUUUAUAAGAAUUUAUGUUUAUCUAAAAAAAAAUUCAGUUUGAGUAUAUACUUAUAAAAUUAUAGAUGUGUUUUUAAGAAAAAAGAUAUAACAUUAAUUGUAUUCAUUUUCUGUCUUUAUUUGUAUUUGUUUUAUUUUUGUAACUUUGUCAGGACUCUACAAUGAGCAUUGAGCAUGUUACAUAUGAUAUACUAUAUACUUCAUGUUACAUUUUUAAUGUCAUUCAAAAUUCUUUGUUAUUAUGUGUGUCAAUUAAGACAAAACACAUUACAAAACUUACAAAUUACUAAUGUUGCUGCUGAAAUAAGUGUGGAAUUCAUUCAUAAUGGUUAGCAUGUAGACUUACUGGUGAUUUUUUUUUUUUUUACUAUUUAUGGUUUUUUGUUUAAAAUAAUCUUAACAGCUACAAAUGUGUAGUAUUGAUGCUAUUGUCAGAUUGAUAUUAUUGUCAGAAGCACAUGGAAGUAUGCACUAAGAAAUAAUUGAACCUCUAGUCGUACCUAAUACCAGAGUGUAGUGUCUAAACUGUGCCCAUUUCUUGUCUUAAUGUAAAACAAAAUCCCUUAAUUUGUCUGCUCAUUACCCUUACUCUCAUAAUCUAUUGUUUCCUAUUUAUGUAUUAGGCAUUGACAUUAUUUUAUAUGUUUUGUAUGUAAAUAACACUAAAAUAAAAAUUGUAAUAUAAAUUGA